AGCUGUCGUGGGCUGUCGUUGGCGCCGCUGUCGUUGGCGCUGCUGCUCGGCAAGCGGCAUGAGCGCCCUGUACCUGCUUGGCUUCCGAGACGAUGAGCGUGGCACCGAGGAAGUCACGUCCUCCGAGGGAAAGACCAUCCUCUCGCAUAAGAAGGGUCUCGGCGUCCAGCCCGCCGAUCUCAUCCGGCUGUACGACCGGAGGGACCACUACGUCGCCGUCGGUCGCGACGCCGACGCCAUCGCGGCCUUCUACUUCCGCUCCUCCUCGGCGGUGCGGCACUGGAGCGACGGUGACGGCCGCACGCCCUACCUCGCCAUCAACAAGAAGAUGGCUGCCGAGGUGAUGCGCGCCUGCCUGCUCGUCCAGCGGCGCCGGCUCGAGGUCUACUCGCUCGACGGCGCGCGGUGGGUGCUCUCGCGGCGCGGCUCGCCGGGCAACAUCUCCGCCUUCGAGGAGGAGUGCCUCCGCGACGGCGAGCUCCCGCCCGACGCAUCGACCACCAUCGCCGCCGUCCGGCUCGGCCGGACCGCGGGAUCAAAGGGAUACUCGGGAAACGCUCGGCUGGUCGGCGUGUGCUUCGCGGACGGGGCGUCCCGCUCGCUCCGCACGUCCGAGUUCGAGGACGACGAGAACCUGUGCACGCUCGAGUCGCUGCUCUGCCAGCAGGGGACGCGCGAGGUUGCGGUGACCGACGCGCCGCGCGGCGCCUUUGCGCAAAAGCACGCCGAGCAGGACCUGCGCCGGCUGGUCGGCUCGGAGCAGCCUGUCCACGCGCGCGCCUUCGAGACGCAGCAGCAGCUGCCCGUCGGCUGCUUCAGCGCGCUGUGCCGCCACCUCGACCUGCCCUCCCUCACCGAGUCGCACGGCCAGUGGGGAAUCGAGUGGGUCGAGCCGCGGGAGUUUGUGAGACUCGACGCGUCGGCACUGCGCGCGCUCUCGGUCGAGCCGCAGCCCAACGAGGCGGACCGCAACGCGAGCCUGUACGGCAUCUUUGCGAAGACCAAGACGGCGGGCGGCGGGCGGCUGCUGCGCAAGUGGCUCAAGCAGCCGCUGCUGUCGCCGCACGAGAUAGAGCACCGCCUCGACCUCGUGCAGACCUUCGUCUCGUCCCUCGAGCUGCGCGCGACGCUGCGAGACACCUGCCUGCCCGCGAUGGGCGCGCGAGCCGGCUCGAGCCGGCUGCGGCGGCCGGCCGCGUGCGCGCGACGCCGUUGCGGGUUGUGCCCCCUGGUAGGUGCGGACCUUGACCGGCUGCAGCGGCGCCUCUUCUCUGGCCGCGCGACGCUGCAGGACGUGGUGCUGCUCUACUCGCUGCUGGGCAGCCUGCCGCGGCUGCUGUCGGCGCUCGCGGGCGGCGGCUACGCCGAGGGCGGCGAGGGCGAGGGCGAGGUGGACGGGCACACGCUCGUGCAGUCCGCCUUCACCGAGCCGCUGCAGGUGGUGCACGAGAACUUCGAGCGGUACCGGCAGCUCGUGCACGCUGCGGAGCUCGCGGGGCUGGGCGCCUCGCGGGACGAGACGGUCGCCGAGAUCGAGGCGGCGCACGAGGCGCUGUGCGAGCGGCUGGGCGUGGACGAGGGGCGCGUCAAGCUCGAGAAGGGGGCGCCGCACGGCUACCACUGCCGCGUCUCGCGCAAGGAGAACAUGACUCACAACUCGCUAGUAGACGAGAAGCUCAUCCGCGACGCGGACGGGGUCAACGUGCUCGGCACCAAGAAGGACGGAGUCGCCUUCCGCGACAAGGCGCUCGACAAGCUGGCCGCGCGGUACAAGGAGCUCGCCGCGCACUACCAGACCGCGCAGGCCAGGCCACAGAGGCCGCUCUCUCGCCGGAGAGGAGCGCGUGCCCGUCUGAUCCCUCCCGCUGGAACGCUGGUCACAAAGGUCGUCGACACCGCCGCCACAUUCUGCCCGCUCAUCGCGGAGCUCGCCGGCCACCUGACGAAGCUCGACGUGCUCCUCGCCUUUGCCGCCGUCGCCGCGUCUGCGCCCGAGCCGUACGUGCGCCCGACGCUGCUCCCGCCCGAGGCGCCGCGCGCGCUGCGCAUCGACGGCGCGCGCCACCCGUGCGUCGAGCGGAUGGAGUCGGCCGGCGGGGGCACCGGCUCCUUCAUCAAGAACGACGUCGCGCUCGGCGACCACGCGGCCGACGCCGAGGUCCCCUCGCUGCUGCUCGUCACCGGCCCAAACUGCGGCGGCAAGUCCACCUACAUCCGCUCGGUCGGCGUGUGCGUGCUGCUCGCUCAGGUUGGCUGCUUCGUGCCGGCCGACGCGAUGGAGUUCUCGCCGGUGGACGCGAUCCUCGCGAGGGUCGGCGCGGGCGACAUGCAGUCUCGCGGCGUCUCCACCUUCAUGGCGGAGAUGCUCGAGUCGGCAACCAUCCUCCGCGCCGCCACCGCCUCCUCCCUCGUCAUCAUCGACGAGCUCGGCCGCGGCACCUCGACCUACGACGGCUACGGAGAGCCCUCGCCGGUGCGUAGGCACUUCCACGAGCUGACGGCACUGGCCGACAGGGAGGCCGCCGUCGGCAACCGCCACGUCGCCGCGCACGUGGACGGCGACGACCUGACCCCGCUCUUCAAGGUGCAGCCCGGCCCGUCGGACCAGUCGUACGGUGUCGCCGUCGCCGCGUCGUGCGAUUUCCCGUCCUCGGUGGUCGAGUCGGCCAAGCGGAAGCUCGCAGAGCUCGAGUCGGCCACGGUCGGCGGCGGUCCGGCCGCGGACGCCGCGGACGCCACGGCCAAGCGCGAGCGGCUAGCGAGCGUCACAGCGGAGGAGCGCGCGGCGGGGACGGCCGAGGUGCGGCGGCGGCUCUUUGACUUCGGCAUGGACACGCCGCAGCUCUCCGAGUCGCUGCGCGCGUCCACCAACCCGUACGUGCGCGCGCUCCUCGAGGUGGCAACUGCGGAGGUUGCUGCCGAGGCGGGCGUGUGAUCGCAAUCGAUGUCCCACCCACCAAUAGGAGUGUUCACUGCUCACAUACGGGUAGUUGGCCCUGGUAGUUCACUGCAUGCGGGGUGACUGUGCGCGCUUGCGGCGUGUGGCGGGGCGAGCGGCGAGCGCGAGGGGCACCCACCUCCCCCGCCCCAGCGCGCCAGCCGCACGCGCCACAGCCGCCCGCGCACCCCCCGAGAGACACGAGCGAGGCGCCACGCGAGAGGUGGCGAGCCCGAGUAUCGUAUCGAUCAAAUUUUGUACUGGGUAUGA